GUAGAAUUGUCACAAUCACUGGCGAUAGCAACAGACAGUGUAACUGGUAUAGAACAAUCGCCUGUUACGAACAAUCUUUCAAGCGUGGCCCAGACAGGUACAGAAGAGACGGACGCCUCAGCUGGAGCAUCCGGAUCUAGCGAUCAAACAGUGACAGCAAGUGCUUCAGUGACCAACAGCGCGACCGCGUUGGCGUUGGAGGAAGCAUCGGAUUCGCAGAGUGCAACUGAUUCAGGCGUAAUGUCCCAAACCUCGGCGUUCGACAGCAGUGUACCCUCAGCCACUGAUCGCGUGUCGAACAUCAACAGCGAUUCCGAAUCAAAUGUUGGAACCUUGGCAGUCGAGUCCUCAACAACCAGCAUAUCAGCAAGUGACAGUUUUAUCGUUUCUACUAGUGGCACACAUGCGUCUAUAUCUUCUUUUGGAGCAUCAAGUCAAAGCGACUCGACUUCUGCCUCAACAACCUUUUCGCAAUCAAAAUGGGCUCAACCUUCCGACUCGUCCGCCAGUUUAACCGGUGUUAUGAGCCAGAACAAUGCCAUUGUAUACACUAUUGAUGUCACAAUAGGAGACGGGGGUACCACACUCCCUGUGCUCGUCGACACAGGGAGUGCUGACAUCUGGAUUGCGGCGAGUAAGUGUGAGAAUUGUAGAGCAGCAAGUAUGGUUGAUAGUGGUCUUAUCCUUCCUGAGGGGUGCAAGGAGGAAGAUAAGGGAUAUGGGAGUGGUUCUGUGAAAGGAUGUCUGGUAAACACAAACAUCACCAUCGGAACUUAUGAGCUGGAGCAAUUCCAUGUUUUGGCUGCAUCUGACUCUCAAGGCUUUGACGGUUCCUACAUGAGUGGUAUUUUUGGCCUUGCCAUGAAUAAAUCUUCCAUCAACAAUCAAGCAACACCCAUGGAUAUUUUAUCGCAAUUGGGGAUGAUCAGCACCCCCGAAGUUGGCUUCUAUCUCACUCGAACAGAGUCAGGGAGUGAGCUAGUGUUUGGCUCACCUCACAACAACCCUCACGCCGAUCAAAGCAAAAAGGUUACUCUGCCCAAAGUCGCCACGGAUGACGGUCUCUAUCGUGUUACCAUGGAUGGUUUUGUUUCUCAUGGCUACAUGGUGCAAAGUUCAAAAGGCAGCGUCAAUAUGGAGAACAUUGAAGUUAUCCUUGAUACUGGGACGUCUGAUAUCCGAGUACCAGAAGACAUGCUUCUCCCCAUAUAUGCUGCUUUGGGGAAUGGUACGUAUUACUCUGACACCCUGACGGGUGACUUGGUGGUCCCAUGUAACAACAACGACGAUGAUGCAGCUUUGGCACUCCAGUUCGAGGGCCAGCAAUUCUCCUUGAGCUGGCAAGAUUUGAUUGCCAAUCCAAGUUCAACGGAUGCGAAUUAUUGUUACUGUCGGAUCCAAGCCUCACCAUCGGAGAUCAGUGACUAUCUAAUUGUUGGAUCCAUAUUCUUCCAUAAUGUCUACCAUGUGAUUAACACGGAUACUGGAAACACGACAUUGUAUGGAUUGGUAGAUUAGACGGAAAGAGUUUUAAAAGUAGCAAGAUUUUCUGUCUGUCGGGCCGCGGGCAAAAAUGUCUGCGGAUGUUGUCAGGGGAAACGUCGCUGGCAAUUUUGUAGCUCGAUUUAUGUUUUGUACUCAUUUCUGUUCGUCCAACGGAUAAUCUAUGCA